UGUCAACCUUUCUGGAUGCAUCAGUGUUAAUAACCUUGUAGCACACACUUAAACAUCAAUGCAAUUAACUUAAAUACGUGAGCUCCUAAAAAUGAUAGAAGCAUCAGGAACUUGGAAUUCAAAGAAAGAUGAGAGCAUUUACAAGGCCGCGGGUGCUAUGCAUUUGCGAAAAUAUGGGGAGUUUUUUGAAGAUUUAGUGGAGAAGUCUCGGAUGAAUGAGUCCGUGCUGGAGUACAUUACAGAAGGUCCUCUUCGCCUAGUUUACAAAGCGGAAGAGGACAUCAGUAUCCUCUCUUUGGUGGAGAUGGAGAACAAGGUUCUGUCCAAGUUACUAGCGGCUGUGGCGGGAACAUGCAGAGAAAUCAGACUGCUCAAAAAGGAAGCUACUGGCUUCUAUGGAAAACUUCUUAUACAAGGAGAGAGAUGUACAAACGACGAUCUCACUGGUAUAACUAAACUCCUCUCCAAUCUUCAGAAUCUCUCUACCUUUGUCAAUCGGAUGUCAACUGUCAUACAUCUCGCCAUACAACAAUUGUCAAGCUUAUCUGGUACUUUUAAUGAGAUUUACUUGCCUCCUCUGAUAGAAAGUUUUAUAGAUCUGUUUGUAAUUCUCAUGACUUUCGAUGAGAUUGUCGACGUGCAGCCGGCGAUAGUAGAGCAAUGGAAAAACUACAGAAUGCACGUGCGUUCGAUGAUGCACAAUUCAUCGCAGUUUGGCGUUGCCGAGGCGAAAUUAGAAACGUUCGAUCACUUACUUAAGGAUUUGCAGGAGAAGCUAUUACGGAGAAAUAUGUUGUUGAAGGCGAUCGAGCACGUAAUGGACGUGAAGAAAGGUGCGAUGAUGAGCGAGCAGAUUACUAGCUAUCUGAAAACCACGAUGACAGAUGUGGAGACUAAGUCCAAUGAUCAUGCCAUGUUGAAUAAGAACUGGGUAAGAGCCAAUGUUGGUAUCGCAGUGGUGAUAAAGCUAUUCGGCACCUGCGACAAGAAACUGAUCAAGAGAGUGUUGGAAGCAAACAAGAAAUUUUAUGCAGUCACGUUAGUAGGGAACGUAAUGUGGGUUCCCAGUAAAUUCCUGAACAACAUUGUACCAAAAGAAACAGGUAAUGUCGUGAGUCCACAGGUGGGCGAGAAGAUUCUACAGGUAAGAACGCAGAGAUUGUCGGUCGUGGUAAGCAAUCUAAUACAGCGAGCGACAACUUGGUGCGUGGAAAUGCAAAACAUUCAGACGAGAAUAAAUCUUCAGGUAUCGGACAUCGGACAGAAGCAUACGCUGUUAACAGACUUGCUGUUCUUGUUAUCGCAGAUACGUGAAACGGUCUCAUUCUUAACGAAUCUACACGCUCUAUUGUUGAAACCAAUGAGUCGCAACACCGUGCAACUGAUCUGCAAACUUGUGGAAUUACAAAAAUCUUUGCAAACGACGUUUUACUCGCUCGGGCCAAUCGUGGUGCAAUCGCAAGCGCAAGUGCUGCAAUAUCUGGCUUAUUAUGUAUUAGCUAUACUAGAAACAGUGCGCAAAGGCCUUGUUCAGAAAGACAAGGGCUAUAGCAAGGAACGACUAGACGCGCUAUCUCUGAUAGGGUUGAGCAUGCGACUAAUAGGCGGUCCGGCAAGCGCGGACAGACGAUUGUUGGUUCAUUGUGCGCUGUCGUGCGCCAGUCAACUGGCUGAUAUUUGUCGCGAAGAAGAUGUAGUGAAGCUGCGGUAUUUGCUGGACAGCUACGACAUCGUGGCGGAUUUGCACGAUUUGGUCGACGAUCUUGGCGAUUACUCAUUGUUGCUGCAUCAUCAGAAUAUGCUGCCCGCGUAUCUGUCCUCGGUUGUUGAGAGUAACACCAGCAUAUGCCACAUCACUCAUCUGUUCGCUGCGUUUAACAGCGCCGUAGAAGAACAAGAAUCGACUGAAUUGAGAGAAAAAUGCAUAGAGGAGCUUCGAGCGAGUUUGGUGAAAAAUGUGUUGAAACCGGCUUGUCAUGAAAUCGAGACCAGCUUACGGCUGCACGUUCACGCUCACCUUAAGUUGGAUUCCAUGAAUCCCUUCAACAUCGGUGCCAAAGACAGCGGGAGAGUGGUUCGAAUUCCGUCUUUACUCCUGGCUGAGAACAUGGUUUCUACCAAAAGAUUCGUCGAACAUUAUCUAGACGACAUGUUUUACAACUUGACAACAGUGGCCCUGCACGAUUGGAGAACCUAUCGAACAAUGCACGCGUUAGCCAGCUAUAAAAUGGGCCUGGAUACGGUACAGGACCAUCUGCCAACUCAGACACUCGAGCAGGGUCUGGACGCUCUAGAGAUCAUGCGUAACAUCCACGUGUUUGUGUCAAGGUAUCUGUAUAAUCUAAAUACGCAGACGUUUGUGGAACACAGCAGCGGCAAUAAACAUCUCAACACCAUCGGUAUCCGUCACAUCGCUAACUCGAUUCGCACUCAUGGCACCGGCAUUAUGAGCACCACGGUGAACUUUGUCUAUCAAUUUCUGCGUGUCAAGCUGCACACCUUUUCGCAGUUUCUCUUUGAUGAGCACAUCAAGUCGCGAUUAAUGCGCGACAUCAGAUUCAUUCGGACGCAACGAGAAGCGGGCGCCACUCCAUAUACGUACGAGCGAGCCGAGAAAUUUCAGAAGGGUAUUCGGAAGCUAGGUAUGACAGCCGACGGGCUGAGUUACUUGGACCAGUUUCGCCAGUUGAUCACGCAGAUCGGCAACGCGCUCGGCUACGUACGAUUGAUCCGUUCCGGCGGCCUUCAUGCCAGUUCAAACGCAGUGUCUUUCCUACCGAACAUCGAGAAAACGGUGCCGUUCGAAUCGUUAUGUCGCGAACUGAACUACAGUGCCACGACACAAGCUGCAGCCAGACGCCUGGAAGACGAUAUCGCCGAUUUGGUGCGCAAUUUUACCGAGGGCAUUCAAUAUUUUAAACUGCUGGUGGACGUUUUUGCGUCAGCAUUUCGUGAUACAAAAUCUUAUCACUUGCAACAGUUUUACGCCAUCGUGCCGCCGCUGACACUCAGCUUCGUCGAUAAUUCUGUGUCCAAUAAGGAAAAAAUGUUCAAGAAGAAUCAGACUGGCGCGGCCUUUACCGACGACGGUUUUGCCAUGGGUAUUGCCUACAUCAACGCGCUUCUCAAUCAGAGCGCCGAACUGGACGGUCUGCAUUGGUUCAAAACAGUAGAGCAACAUAUCACUCAGGAGAAGCUCGCCGCCGAGAACAAAGACGAUCACGGCGACGAGAAACUUCAACAGACGAGAGCGUUGACGCUUAAACGUCUUGCUGAACGAUACGCUGAAUUCGAGCUGCUGUACUAUAGUUUAUCUGGCGCCAGAGUGUUUUUCAAGCAGUCUGAUGCAUAAUGUAAGAUACCUGGCGAUACAUUGACAUAUUUUGAUGCUUCUUUGUGAUACUAGAUAUAAUUGAUUAUUCAAUCAAUUUAUCGAUUAAAAAAAAGACAAAUGUAUAUAGAAAGUAAAGGUACUCUAACUCAGCAUUUUCUAAAUUUAUUUUCAUUACAUAUAUUUGCUAUCAUAGCACAUGUAAAUAUAAUAAUUUAGAGUUUCUCUUUCACAUUCUCUCUUUUUUAUAUAUUUAUAUACGGAGUAUCCCGUCUAGAGAAAAAUUUGUUAUAUAUCGAAAUAUUUUGAUGCACAGCGCGCGCUAUUGACGACGGGAAACUCUAUAUAUUGCGUCAUAGUGUAAUGUACGCAUUAUUGUUACAAUAUCAAAUUUCCAUUCAAUAAAUAAUGGCUAGAUUUGAAUGACUAGGAUUCAUUACAUCUAAAGAAGGUGCGAUGGCACACACUAUUUGUGGUAGUAAGUAAAAUCAAAGAAAUAAGUGUGUAUGUGUGUGAAGGCAUUUAAAGCACAGUGGCCGCGUUCAGCAAAACAACUGCUGAAUUAUCCUCUUGUCAACACCAUGAUGUAAGAAGACUGAAUGAAUGAAAAAAUGAUGAUGAUGAAUGAAUUGAUGAUUAAUUGAAUUGAUUUGAAUUUGAAACAACAACUUGAUCGGCUGUUUCGCCAUUAUGUGCAACGAAUCAUCUUGUCUUUUUACAUCAUGGUCAACACUAGCGACGUUAAUUAGUUAGUUCUAAAAGUAAGAGCUAGUCACGUUCGAUUACUACAAAACAACUUGUGCUGCUGAACGCAACCAGCGUUUCAAGUUUCUUUGAAUCUGGUUGUUCGUUACAAUAGUGUGACAGAAUUCACAGCACUGAACUCGUAUAAUAGCAAGUAUUGUAGAAUUUCAACAAAAUACAGCAGGCACAAUGUAUAUCUCAAGUAUAAUAAUAUAAUAUAAAUUAGUAUUUCCUCAUUUCCUACAUUUCUAAUAAAUUAUUAUGUUUCUUAACAACAAUAACACACUAUAUUAGAUAAAUACAGACAUAUAUACACAUGAUAUAAAUUAUUUUUACAUGUUCGAAAAAAAAGCGAAACCAAAUCGCAUAUUGUGCAUGUAAAUUUUUGCUUGCCCUGUCACACACAUUCAAGUGUAAAAAAAAAAAUUAAUUCUGAUUUUUAAGUUGCAAAUUUAAGUUGAAAUUAAGUGUUUUUUCUAUCUCCGCACGAUACUUCUCUGAAAAUAUCGCUCGAUAGUUUUUUGCGAAACUUCAAAUGUCAAAGUUUUUAAACAAUUAUACGUAUUUUAUAUGCAAUAAUAGGAAGAAUCGCAACAUACAGUAACAUACCUAACAAAGUAACAUACGUUACAACAAAAUAUAUACAUACAUAUACUUUGA